AUGUAUCUGAAUGUACUGAGCAUGAAACGUGGGAACAAAACUCAGAUUACGUGCCAACCCCUGGAUACGGUGUCAGCCCCCUACGCCGCGCUGUCUGCCUUCAGCCCAUCUCCUUCCUGUGUGCUUGAGAACAACGUUGUACCCAAGAGUAAUCGUGACCUAGUUCCACUCCACUUCCUGCCGCUGGGCGAGUGGGAAGAGGGAAGGACUUAUGAUGAGAACCCGCCAACCUGUAUCCACUACCGUGUAGAGUGGCGAGUGACAUUCAAUAACCGAGAAGUAUCGAUGGACACUGAGGAGGAUGUGGUCCUGGCUCCUAGUACCUUCUGGCAGCUGUCAUUGGAAAAAAAGCUAGAGAAAGCGCUUCGACGAAAAACCGCCCGCCACCGCCGGGUGAGAUCCGAUGACACUGUUAUCGUCGCAUCAACAAGCGAUCGCACUAAACGCAAACUGACAAAGCGAUUUGAUGACACUGAUAUUACUUGGUCUGCUAUAGAAAAGCAGCUUCUGAUGUGGUCCGAUAUUUUAUCCAAGGGUAAGGAACUCACGUUGAAGAUAAGUUUCAACUAUGUAGAUAAUCAUCAUUCUUCCCAAUCUACAGGCCGGAAAGGAGAAAAGAGGGGGAAAUCCUCAGUUACGCAAAGAAUGCUCUGUGAACGAGACGCACAGCUUGAUGCUGAGGAACAUGCUUCAGGCGAGAAGCCAAUUUGGCGAAGUGUCUAUAACUUGGUGCGAUGUGACUCAUCGACAUGUCCACAUGGCCCCCAUUGUUGGGUGGAUCCAAUGGGGAAAAAAUAUUACCCACUUAAAUCUCACCACAUUAAACGCCUUAUAUCCCACGUUGAAAAAGGCGGGACUCUAGAGGGUCAUAAGGAUGUGCCGGAAGGGGUACGCGACGAAUUAUACAGGGAAGAACAAGAGAGACAAAAGAGACUGGGAAAAGACAAGCGUAAAGGGGGGCAUACCAUGGAGAGUGGGAUGCCAUAUUCUCCUUACAAUAUAAUCAAUGUUCUACCCUCUCAGUCUACCGCCCAAGGCUUAGACGUUUCGGUUCCCAAAGCGGCGGUUGAACCAAUGGCCAUGAAUUCAUUGGAAAUUCCGGGCCCUAGGGAUGUAGCCGUGAAGGAGUACGGCGAGUGGCAAAUGUCGAAUGUCGAAAAUGACACACUGAAAUCGGCAUUUCGGCAAGUAUGUGACGUGAUGCUCGACAAUGGUCUUGACCUUGAGCAAGUCUACAAGGACCAGGACCCAAAAUUCUUUAUUGAGAAAGGGAUAAAAAUAGGCAUCGCUCGACGUUUCGUCGAGGACAUCGGAUCAUGGGCUGAGAAAGUCAAGAAAGCGAUACCAAUAUACGAAAUACUUUAG